CUGGUGAAGCUAUGCCUUAUGAGGUUGAUGACGAACGGGAGCAGAUGGGGGAAUUAGAGCAGGAUCACGAUCGUGCUCAGGACUUCUAUAGGUACUCGCCGGAGAACGCUAGUCUUGUAUCCGCGGACUUCCACUUCCCCCAGCACACAAGGGAGGAGCAGGAGGACCGGCCACUCAGCGAAGCAGCACCCGACGAGACCAAUAACAACAAUGAGCGAAGAAUCUUAACCCCAAAGUCUCGCCUGCCAUUCGUCGCGGGAGAGUUCGACUCAGACGGACUCCAGCUGCACCGCAGUCAGAAACACUUCACAUUCGAGAUGUAUCCGCAGGGCAUGGCGCCACGGACCCGGCCGACCAACAUCUUCCCCGAGCAGCGCAACGAAAUCCUUAUGUCAGAGGAGAGCUGGAAGGUGUUCAACGAGUAUGUGCAGGGCAAGGGUGUCACUAUGAGUUACCUGGACCGGGAGGGGCAGAAAUACCGCGAAGCAAUCAAAAAGAAAAACCGGGCAGCGUGGGCAGCGUGGGCUGCAGAGAAGAAGAUCAACAAUACUUGUGUCAUCAUGUAGGAAGAGAAGAGACACCCUUUCUUGACUUAUCAAAGAAAAAGAUUUCGGGGCUAGCCUGCGCUAAGCCCGCUGACUUAACC